AUGCCAGCAAAGGAAUUGAAUAAACCAUGCAUGGAAUGCAAGGAUGCAGAAUUCGAGCUCACUGUCCGCAAGAGGCAGCUUUGCAGCUUAUGCUUUAGGCGCUUUAUAGCACACAAGGUGCAGUCGCGCUUGAGUGUCUACAGAGCUUUCGGCCUAGAUGGCCCCAAACACCAGUUACUUCUCCCUGCCUCCCUUGGUGUUUCCUCCUCGGUCUUGUUGCACAUAUUGAAUUCCGAUCGAGAGCACCGGCUGAGCAAUGGACGCCCUCUGGGGUACGACUUUAAAAUUUUGGUCAUCGAACCUUCAACUAUUGCGGCUACAGGCGUUUCCUUUGAUCAAAACUACGAAGCUCUUCGAAAACAUGUACCCGCGCACAAUAUUACUCGGCUACCUUUCCAUAGCAUCUUCGACUAUGUCCCGGAGGUGAAGGAGAUUAUGCAGGAAUAUGCAGGAUCAAAAUUCAUAGACGACAGUACUCUAUCGAAUGAAGAGCGCUUAGCUACCUUCCGUGCAUCAAUCUCCACCUCCACUUCCAGGACCGACGUCGACACCGUUUUGUUGACCAGACUGGUCGUUGAAUUUGCGAAAAAGUCCGGGUGUGAAUCUGUGAUGUGGGGCGAUUCAGACAGCCGUCUCGCUGCGAAAGCACUUGCGGGUGUCGCCAAGGGACGUGGGGCUUCCCUUACCUGGCAGGUAUCUGACGGCAUGUCUCCUUGGGGUGUGAGGUUCGAGUACCCUCUCCGUGAUCUGUUCAAGGCUGAGUUGCUGCAAUAUGCGAGUGUCUGUGCCGAGCUCUCUGAUAUCAUCAUACCUGAUCAACCACCCUCCGAGAAUGUUCUAACCAAGAACCUUUCUAUUGACGAGUUGAUGCUGCGAUAUGUCCAGAAUCAAGGCGCAAAGUAUCCAGGUGUCAUGGCGAAUGUGGCUAGAACCGCAAACAAGCUCAACCCUUCCACUUCCGACAGUGCACCAACCUGUGCUCUUUGUGGUAGUCUACUGGGAAAUGUGAAGGGUAAUUCUGGAGUUACUGUUGCAAACCAGGCAGAGGAUAACCACAGCUCUCAAUUCUGCUACGGGUGUAUGCGAUCUCGACCUGAGGAGCUUUGCUGA